ACUAAACAGCGCGCAAAAGUCGCUACACAGAUCGUUUAAAAUUCUAGGAAAGGCCUUCGCAGUCUCAUACAUCCAUUUCAAGUUUGUUAGUUGAACCGGCAGAAAGAUACAAGUUUAGGCACAUCUUCGAUUUCCGGUUGGGAAUUUUUGAUUCUCUGUGCAAUAGUUUUAAAAUACUCAACUUUGCACGAUGAAGGAACCAAAACGUUUGUUGAAUAUCCAUCGGAAAGGUUACGAUUUGCGAAACAUGUGUUUGCCACUCUACAUGUACGCGAUGGAGUCGGUUCGACGAGAAGUUUCGCAAUCGUUCAGUUAUUGCGCAAGCUGAAAUGAAUAUCAAACAGUUUUUAGGACUCAUUCUAUUAUGGUGUAUCAAUGACUGUACUGGCCAGGGUAUUACUAUAGUCAACAACUGUACCUGUGAGACAUUCGAUGGAGGAAUGUACAGCUUGAUGCCGCUGCGUAGAACAGACGGUAAACCAAGAUUUUUGAUUCCUGGCAAGAAAUAUCCUGGUUGGCGAUACACGUACAAUCCUUGUACACCUGUAGAUGUGGGAGAACAUGAUCCUGAUGCCGAUCCUCACAAAAUAUGUCGAGAUGUUGCUAUUUGCAAAUACGCCGAGAUUGAGAAACCACGUGAGUACUUUGAGGUUGGUUUGCAGAAAGACAUCAUGUGUCAGAUAAAUCAAGAGGGACAGAUAGAGCUGGUGUAUAAGACUAACGAUCCCAGCAUAGAUAAUCCACAUUCUAGAGUGGUGUUCCUUUGCGAUGAGUCAGCUUCAGAGCCAGAUUUUGAGAUCGUGGAUGAAGACAACUAUAUUUUUUCCAUUAAACACUACUGUGCCUGUCGAAACCGCUGCCCAGCCCUCUAUGGAUCCGCACCAGAUUCUUCUCCAGGCUUAGUGGAAGCAGAAGUUCAGUUGAAGACUUCCACAGACGCUAAAAACGGGAUAGGAACCACUUUAUCAGUGUUAGGGGUUGCGAUUGGAGCGAUUGCUGCUGCCGUCAUCGGAGUAGCUCUGUGGCGAAAAUUUCGAGACCAUAGAGAAAGUCAAGAAGCACAACACCUUGUGGAUUAUGAUGAAAUUUCACUCAAAUGAAGUUAAAGAGUCAUGAUUAAUUCAUGUCUCCCAUUUAUUUCCUGAACGAAUGUUUCCCUCAGGUGGGAUCAUUUUUUAUUAAGUUGCUCAGGCUGUAGUAAUUUCGCAAAUUAAGAAUUUGAGUUUUAGAACUAAGUUUGCGCUAUUUUGCAAUAUAAUCAGGGCAAUCUGAUGUAAAUUUUAUAAGUACUAUUUCUUGAUCUCCUUGCCAGGUCCAUUUACAUUUUUUGAAUGAAGGAAGUUGUCCACUUAAGCCUUUUUCAGGAGAUUUUUUUCCAAGGCUAAUGAUAAAAAUUAAAUAGCUUGAUCAACACAUAUUCAUUUUACUAACUAUUGUUAUUAAUAAUUAUACUAUUAUUAUUAUUAUAAGAUAACAUGAGUUAGAACUCGAAACUCCAGCGGCUGCGGCAGUUAUCAAUGAUAGGUCUUUUGAAAGCCUUAGAGAAUUUCCACACUUAAUCCUAAUUCAUAGCCAUUUCUUGAUAGCUACUUGCUGUAAUGGUUCAGCCGUGCUAAGGUGGAGGGUGGAGGGGUAUUAUCUGAGGUGAUAGUUUUUCCAUUGUCCUAUUCACAAUGACAGUACACAAAUACACGUUUUCAGGCGAAA